GUCCAGCUCAGUUCCUCUUUCUGACUGUAACUGCAUCAAGUGCCAAGUAACGGGAUUCACUGGAAAAAGAUCUCAUCCUUAGAUUCCCAAAGAGACCAACUGCUUCCAUUUGAGAUUCUUCCCAUUAUCACCAGGUUGUCCACCUUAUCCGCGAAUUUGAACUUUUCUAAGCAAGCAAACACUUUUUGCACAAUGGAGCAGCAAUUUGAUUACUCAGGAGGUAAUGCAUCAAUCCAUCUUAUUUGGGAGACAUACCACUCGAUGAUUAAUAUUGCUGAAAUUUCUGGGAGUGGUUCUGAAGUGACCAACAUUCCUUCCAAUACUACUAAAAUUGCUCUAAAUAUUUCUGAAAUGCCAGAAACUUUUUCUUCACCUAAUGCUCAGAUCUUUGAUAAUUUAACACGAAAUCUUAUCAGUGGGUUCAUUGCCCUUAUUUGCAUUUUAGGCCUGGUGGGAAAUGGAAAGACCAUUUAUCUCCUGGCCUUUCCCAUUAAGAGGAAUUCUUUCACCACUUAUAUCCUGAAUCUCUCCAUUGCUGACUUUGGGGUCCUCGCAUCCCUCAUUAUGGCAGCUAUAUUUUCGACAGCCUUAAUUCUGAGUCAAAGAACACACGUUGAUACCAUUUUCUUCCUACUUUUUGAGUUGUUUUUCUUCACCUAUUCUGCUAGCCAGUUUCUGCUGACGGCCAUCAGCCUGGACAGGUGUGUGGCUGUCCUCUUCCCUCUCUGGCAUCGCUGCCAUCGUCCUCCAUAUCUGUCCACCCUGGUUUGUGGCCUCAUCUGGAUCCUCUCCUUCCUGCUCUCUGCAGUGCACUUCCUUCUCCACCAGACCAAGGCUUUUGGAAGUUCACCUUUGUUAUACCAGUUGAUUGUGAAUGGUUUACUUUGUACACCUCUCAUGGUUGUGUCAACUGUGACUCUCUGGAUUCACAUGAGGUCUAAAUCGCAACGCAGUCAAAGAAAGUUGCUCACCACCAUUUUUCUAGCUCUUCUUUUCUUCCUCCUCUUUUCUCUCCCAAUGAAUGUCUUUUAUGUCAUUGAAUAUUUUGAUACCUAUAAUGUCCUCCUCAUGACCAUUGGGAUAGGAUGCGCCUCUCUCAACAGCAGCAUCAACCCCCUCCUUUAUUUUUUCAUUGGGAGGAAGCAGAGAGGAAAGGAUCAGCCCAGAGCAUCAUACAAGGUUGCUCUGCAAAGAGUCUUCAAGGAUGAGAAGGGCAGCCCAGAAAAGCAGAAAACCAUGAAGGAAGACCAGUUGUGAAGGGUCAUAAAUACUGCAUAUAAAAUAUUUGAUGCUACAGGAUUAUUAGGAACAUAAAAUAUGAUUUCCUUAAGAAUAUACAGAAUGGAUACAAUUUACUGAGCAAAGUGCUUAAAAAAAAAGAUAUGGAAGCAGGAAGUAUUGCUAUGUCUGUAUUUUUCAAUUGAAGCAUUUGGUUACCGGAAAUGUUUUAAUUGAUAUAGCUCCUUUUUAUUUCAUUAUAAUUACUGUUGGGAAUAAGUCUUACUGAAGGAAUUUUUAAAAAUGUGUAAUUUAGCUUACGCAUCUUUCUUUGUGACAUGCACAUUUAUAUAAAUAUAAUGGAGAUGAAAGAUAAGGAAAAAAUCUGCCAGAGAGGUUACGGUUUCUUAAAAUGAAAUGUGUCAUUUUUGAUCCUGAAAAAUUUCAGACACAAUAUAAUUCAAUUAUAUUUUAAAAUAAGAUUUCAUUAUGAAUAAUCAUUAUUUAGUGGCUUUCUUUCUUGACUAAAGAUAUAUCGCUUCUUUCAUUGUAAGACUCCCUUCCUGCCAAUCUUUUAUAGGCAUUUCAAGUCCUUAUUUGUAGGUGGCAACAACCUCACCUGGCAAAGUUCUAGAAUAGAAGGACCUUAGUAGACCUUCCUUCUCAUUCGCAAAACUCAUCUGGGUUUGUAUUCUGUAAUUCUGUAUAUAUAGCUACUUUUGGAAUAGAGGGUUUUAUAAAGGUUUGAGUAUGGGUGUUUGUGUUUUUGUAUAGAUGAUAGAUAUA